GCACUACUUGGAGUCGUUAUCGUGUUAAAAAUCCAAGCCAACGGUAAAUUGUCCACAUAGUCACCGUCUAAAUUGUUCUCCAAUGUGUCUUUGUACAUUUCUCCGGUCAUUUUCCCGUCUAUUUUAACAAUCGGAACAACGCCUGAAGAGGUGAAGCAACGCCACACCAUCACCGAUGACCCACCAUAUUUCACAGUUUUUUUAGUGUACUUGGGAUUCGUCACUCCAAACAAGCAAAAAGAGAAUUUGGAGUCUUUCCAGAGAUGGUCUUUAGCAAACGCUUUUCGUUUUUCAAAAUUUUUUUUUCGAAACAUUAGUUUUUCGUCUUUGAUAAAAACUCUCCGAAAUAAAAAUACUUAAAUGCGCUGAAAAUCGCCAACGGCUCUACGCUAACGGAACUUUUUUCUGAUGCGAUAUAUGUUCUUUUUAAUGUAAAAAAUACUGAAUGCCUUUAUUAUAUGAGCACAAGUCAAUGAAUCGCUUUACGAAAGUAUUUGGUAAUAAAAAAUGCAAUAUAAUUGCGAUGGUACACGUUGAUGCUUUGCCAGGUACACCCGGAUACAAAGGAAAUUGGACCCAAAUUGUGAAGAAAGCUAAAAUGGAAGCAAGUAUUUACGUCAAACAUAAAGUGGAUGCCAUCUUAAUAGAAAAUAUGCAUGAUGUACCUUAUAUACAAAAUCGGCUUUUAGGCCCAGAAACCGUUGCUUGUCUAUCGAGAAUAUCAAACGAAAUUCGUCAAAUAGUUCCAUCCGCUCUACCUUGUGGACUUCAAAUACUGGCUUGCGGCAACAAACAAGCGUUAGCCGUCGCAAAAGCAUGUGAUUUACAAUUCAUUCGCGCAGAAGGCUUUGUAUUUGCACAUGUGGCAGAUGAAGGUUAUACAGAUGCUUGCGCUGGGGAGAUAUUGCGCUAUAGAAAGUAUAUUGAUGCUGAAAAUGUUCUGAUCUUCACCGAUUUAAAAAAGAAACACAGUUCCCAUGCCAUUACACAUGAUGUCACAUUAUUAGAGACCGCGAAAGCAGCAGAGUUUUUUUUAACGGAUGGUGUAGUGAUAACAGGCAAAUCAACAGGUUGUGCGGCUAAUAUGGAAGAUGUGGAUGAGGUAGCGGGUAACAUUAGCACUCCCUUGAUAAUAGGCUCUGGGGUGACAAAUACAAAUUUAAGGCAAUAUUAUGAAAGGGCCCAGGCAGUCAUUGUUGGUUCCUCUUUUAAGCUCAAUGGCUUCUGGGCGAAUAGUCUAUGUGAAAAAUCUAUUAAUAAGUUUAUGGAGGAAAUAGAAAAAUUAAGAAAUUAAUUAAGACCAUGAAUUAAAAUACCUCUGUUUAGUGAGAGGUUGUUGACAUGGCACAAUCAAAUCUUUUGUAUUUGUAGAAUAAUUUUAUAAUUUAUUGUUAAAAUUUUAUAAAAAUAAAAAUUAUCUAUAUAAAAAUCCUA